UGUAUAUUAUAAUUUAAAUAUGAAUAAAAAAUGCGAGUUUAAUAUUUUAAAUGUCACUACUACGUCAAAUGGUUAGGUUUACAAGUGUGUAUUUAAUGUUUUGAUUAUGAUGAAGAAUACUUACACAUUUUUGUUAUAUUUGGGUUUUGGCUUAUUUACCAUAAGUUCAAAUUGUUUUGAACUAGAUAUUGGAAAAACAUUUAGUUACAACAAGGGAAAAGUGGAGAUCAAAGUUUAUAAAGAUGACUCUAAUUAUUUUUACAAACAUAAACCUGUAAAGCCUUUCUUGUUGAAGGAACUGUACUAUUUUGAUAAUUUGGUGUAUUUUGAUCCUUUGCUAACUAGCGAUCAACUUUUAAUGUCUGCUUCUGUUCUUUGGGUGUCAAAUAAUCCAACUGUAAUAUAUUUAAAUCUGGAAAAGUCAUCAGUUAUACUAUUAAAUGAAAAUAAUUCAUCGCUAUCCGUUGAGGCAAUAUUCUCGGGGAAAACUAUUUCAAAUAUAAAUUACAAAUCACAUCCAGACUCUGAUAACACGGUUGAUGUUGACAUACAACAAACUCGAGAUUACAUUAGUAAUUCAUUGAAUGUUUCUGUUAAGCAACUUCAUUUAUCAGGGAAUGGUCUAGAAAAAUUCGUAUUAAGAUACUACGAUCUUAGUUCAUAUAGAUUAAAUAAUCUUAAAUACGGAAAUGAUGGUGUUUAUGGGUAUGGGAGACUUACAACCCACGUAAUAGAGGAUGCUGUCCCGGGAAAUUAUGGAGAUAAAAAAAACAAUUUCCCCUUAAAUAUUCCUAACAAGGAACUGAUUUAUGGAGUAUACCUAUACAGUUAUAAUGACUUUCCAUUAGUGGUGGAAUUAGUUUAUACUUAUAAUAAAAGAGUUUAUAUUGCUUUUACAUUUCAAAAGAGGUAUCACAGAGUACUUAUGCCACCAAUAAAUGAUCCAUCUUAUGAAAAACAAUUAUUUGAAAGAUUAAAUUAUUAUACCUGUAAGAAUGGAUUUAAAUCUUCAAUAGAUAUUUCUAAGAUUACCGAUAAAUCAGUUGACUACUAUAACGUUAAAAAUUAUUGCAUCGGAGUCAAUGGUGUGGAAUCAUUCACUAAAAGGUUUCAUUUAGGUUUUUACACCCACAGUAACAAAAAAUACAGAUGUUUUGAACAUUGGCCUGCAGAUAAAAGUAAGUUUUAUAUGGAUCAAGUUUACUACGGUCAAUCUAUCCUAAAAUUUCCCCCGCUUCCCCAACAUGUAAAGUUUUUUAGAGUUUAUCAUCAAAUUAAUAAACGACCUUUUUUGGUAGUUUUUAUUUCAAUUACUGAUAAAUUAACUUUUUACGGUUAUAAAAAUGGUUCUUGGUAUGAAGAUAAAGGAAGUGAAUUAUCAAGAAUAAGUGUUAGUGAUAAAUUUAAUAAUUCUAUUGUAAAAUUACUUGAUGAGUAG